CGUUUGAAACGCGCAGUUUGGGCAACUUUAUUAUUAUUAUUUUUUGCAUUAACUCGUGCCUGUUCUUACUGGAAAGUUGGACAAAGUUUAUGUUUCUUCGGCGUAUUGUUGUUUGCAACAAACGGGAUUAGUUGAAAACAGAACACAUGGCUAUUCGGUGCUAGGUGGUGACCCCCCCUCAGGCUGUGCGGUAUGCUGAAGUGGGCCUCAGUACGGCAGAAUGAGUGUCAAAGAGGCUGGUGGGACAGCUAGCCAGGACGGGAAGGCCUAUCCCCUGCAAAUCUACCCCCGGCUGGCCUCGGAGAGUUCUCCAUGCUGCACGCUGACCGUCCCCAAGUCGGCCACGGCCGCAGCGGUCAUCCAGGACGUGGCAGUGCAGCUGGAGCUGGACCCCUCCAAGUGCUACGUGCUGGCGGAGGUGAAGGAGUGCGGCGGGGAGGAGUGGGUCCUGGAGGCCAGUGACCUCCCCGUGCAGAGGGUGCUGCUCUGGCCUCGACGGGCCCACCAGGAGCACCCCCAAAGCGAGGGCUACUACUUCCUCCUCCAGGAACGCAACGCGGACGGCUCCAUCCGCUACGUCCACUUGCCGGUCGUCUGCCAGGAGAAGGAAGCUCGACGGCUGACGGCCCGGGGCUUUCUACCUCCGAGGCAGGCGGACUUUGACGACUUGUGCAACCUGCCCCAGCUCACGGAGGCGGCCAUCCUGGACAACCUGAAGAACCGCUUCCACAAGCACAUCAUCUACACCUAUGCUGGCAGCAUCCUCCUGGCCAUUAACCCCUUCAAGUUCCUGCCCAUCUACAACCCCAAGUAUGUCAAGAUGUAUGACAACCACCAGCUGGGCAAGCUUGAGCCCCACAUCUUCGCCAUCGCCGACGUUGCGUACCACGCCAUGCUGAGGAAGCAAGUGAACCAGUGCAUCGUCAUCUCGGGGGAGAGCGGCUCCGGCAAGACCCAGAGCACCAACUUCCUCAUCCACUGCCUGACUGCCCUCAGCCAGAAGGGUUACGCCAGUGGGGUGGAGAGGACCAUCCUGGGGGCCGGACCCGUGCUAGAGGCGUUUGGAAACGCGAAAACUGCUUACAACAAUAACUCCAGCCGCUUUGGAAAAUUCAUCCAGGUCAACUACUUGGAAAGUGGGGUCGUCCGAGGAGCUGUGGUUGAAAAGUACCUCCUUGAGAAGUCUCGGCUGCUCUCCCGGGAGAAGAAUGAAAGGAACUAUCACGUGUUCUACUACCUGCUGCUCGGUGCCUCUGAGGAGGAACGCAAGGAGUUUAAGCUUCUUCAGCCAGACGAUUACAUCUACCUCAAGCAGCAGAACUUUAAGAUUGAAGAUGGGGAGGACCUCCGGCAUGACUUCGAGAGGCUCCAGCAGGCAAUGGAGAUGGUGGGCUUCCUGCCAUCCACCAAAAAACAAAUUUUCUCUGUGCUGUCUGCCAUUCUUUACCUGGGCAAUGUGUGGUAUCAGAAGAAAUCUUCUGGCAGAGACGAGGGCCUGGAAGUGGGUCCUCCAGAGGUCCUCAACACUCUGUCGGAGCUUCUCAAGGUUCAAGAGGAGAUGCUGGUGGAGGCGCUGACCAAACGCAAGACAGUGACUGUCAAUGAGAAGCUCAUCCUGCCGUACAGCCUCAAUGAGGCUAUCACGGCAAGGGACUCCAUGGCGAAGUCUCUGUACAGCGCCCUGUUUGACUGGAUCGUCUUGCGAAUCAACCACGCCCUUCUGAACAAGAAGGACAUGGAGGAGUCUGUUACAUGUUUAUCUAUAGGGGUUCUCGAUAUCUUUGGGUUUGAAGAUUUUGAAACAAACAGCUUCGAACAGUUCUGCAUCAACUACGCCAACGAGCAGCUGCAGUACUACUUCAAUCAACACAUCUUCAAACUGGAGCAGGAGGAGUACCAGAGCGAGGGGAUCAGCUGGCACAACAUUGAGUACACGGACAACGUGGGCUGCAUUCACCUGAUCAGCAAGAAACCGACCGGUCUGUUCCACCUGCUGGACGAGGAGAGCAAUUUUCCACAUGCUACCAACAAGACCCUGCUAGCAAAGUUCAAGCAGCAACAUGACGGCAACCAGUUCUUUGUGGGGACCCCAGUGAUGGAGCCAGCCUUCAUCAUCAGACACUUUGCAGGGAAAGUCAAGUAUCAGAUCAAGGACUUCAGGGAGAAAAACACAGACUACAUGCGGCCGGACAUCGUGGCGCUGCUGCGGAGUAGUGACCGUGCCUACAUCCGCGAGCUGGUGGGCAUGGACCCAGUGGCAGUAUUCCGCUGGGCAAUCCUCCGCGCGGCCAUCCGGGGCAUAGCUGCCUUCUGUGAGGCGGGGCGGCGCUGGGCAGCCAAGACGGCAGGUGUUGUACGCCGUGGCUGUCGUGUGCCGCUGGGAGAGCUCCAGAGAGCAAACAAGCCCGUAGAGAAAGUGUACCGCCGCUUCUCUUUGCUCGAUUUCUCCUUUGAUAAUUUGGAUGAGUGCUCCCUAGACGCUUUCGAAGACAUCUUUAUUAGCUAUUCAAAUAAGAAGGACAUGCAUGCCCAAAUCAUUCACAGUAUCAAGGGCCUGCCGUGGGAGGGUGAAGACCCAUGCAAGCUGCUCCAGUCCUGGAGUCGUCUGCAGCACCCACGGGAUCACUUCCUGAAAAAUAAAAGUACCAAACAGAAGCAGCUCAUUCCUAAGAACUUGCUGGAUUCCAAGUCUCUGAAACACAUCGUGAGCCGGACCCUGCACGACCGCACCACCAAGGCUCUACUGCACCUGCACAAGAAGAAGAAACCGCCCAGCAUCAGCGCUCAGUUCCAGACUUCGCUGAGCAAGUUAAUGGAGACGCUGGGGAGAGCUGAGCCGUUCUUCAUUAGAUGUAUCCGCUCGAACUCUGAGAAGAUGGAGCUGCGUUUCGAUGACGCGCUGGUUCUACAGCAGCUCAGGUACACCGGGAUGCUGGAGACUGUUCGAAUUCGGCACUCCGGUUACAGUGCCAAAUACACCUUCCAGGAAUUCGUGGGACAGUUCCGGGUGCUACUGCCCAAAAAUUCCUGCACUUCCCAAGAGGAGGUCUCGGCUUUGUUUGAGAAAAUGGGCUUCAACAAGAACAACUACCAGAUCGGGAAGACGAAGGUGUUCAUGAAGGAGGCAGAGCGUCAGAGGCUGCAGGACACCCUUCACAAGGAAGUGAUCCGGAAGAUAGUCUUCCUGCAGCGCUGGUUCAGAGCCCAGCUGGAGAGGAGGCACUACCAGCGCAUGAGGCAGGCAGCCGCCACCAUUCAGAAAUGCUGGCGCUCCUAUAUCAGACACAAGCACAGUGCUGCCACCACUAUCCAAGCGCUGUGGCGCGGCUACUCCCAGAAACUGGCCUAUCAGAAACAGCUGGACGGGAUCCGGAAGCUGCAGGCUGUGGUCCGAGGGCACGCCACACGCAGGAGGUACCGAGCCAUGAGUGUGGAGAAACAGUUGGCUGAGGAAGAGGAGGCGGCCAGAAAGAAGGCAGAAGAAGCCGCAGCAGCAGUCCAGCGACAGCAAGCCAGGGAGGAGGAGGGAGAAAAAGGACCAGAGGUGGUCAAGACAUAUCCUCGGACAGAGGUGAACGACACCGGGAAGGAGUCUGGGAGCACAGAGUUAGAGGAGGCAAAGGGAGAGCCCAGCAAGGAAGGGGAAAAGCAGGAGACCUCAAAGCCUGAACCAAGGAAGGGAGACGCUCCUGUCUACCUGAGAACCCCUUCAGCCGAGAGCAUCGACAAGCUCCCACGCGGCCAGGAUAAAAGGGAGAGGAGGCGACAGAGGGGGCUGGAGCACGACAAGCUGCAGAACAAGCUGGUAUCCACUCCAGGGCAGGGUGACCACCCUGCCCCAACCACGGCUCCUUCCCCCGCCAAGGGGGAGAAACUGGACACCGGGAUCAAGCUGAAGGAGCGGUCAGACAGCAAGGAGCUGGAUCAGUACACCUUCGUGGAGUGGAAGAUGAAGGACUCGCCUGGGAAGAAGGAGGGGAAAUGCCCUCCCGAUGUGGCCAGGCCCAGCUCCCUCCCUCUGAGCUCCACAAACUCCAGCGGCGGAGGGGAGGGCAAGGAGGCCCAGCGGAACGGGCAGAAGGAACCGAGCAGCCCCACCGGUGGCACUCUCCAUCGGUACAGCAACCAGACCGCUCUCCGGAACAAGGGCGAGAAGUGGAAGGAGAAGAUCAGAACUGAAGGAUGCCAGCAGGAGAGCCUGUUGCCGGAGAAACCCAAGCUUUCACAGACUAAAGGGAUCUCCACCUCCCUGGAGGACUUGCCUAAGCUGAGCCUCCUGGGAUUGGACAACAGUACCAGUGGAACAUACAGGAAAAAAGUGUCUCCUGCCAAAUCCUUCACAGACUCUGUGAAGCAGCCCAACCUGAAGAGACGAGUGAACGAGAGCCCAGGCCACCAGGAGACUGUAGCUGCGCCCCAGCCCCAGCCCCAGCCCCCAACACCGGACUCCAAGCCUGGCUUCUUCCGCAAGAUCCUGAAGAAACACGAUAAGCGUUCUAACAAAGACUUGCAGAUGCCAGAAGAACCUGAAAUUACGUUUUCCCAGGCCGUGGCUGAAUACAUGCAGCUGAAUAAAGUCAGCGAAGAACCCCUGCAGCACCCAGGGGACCCUUCCCCAAAGGCAAGGAAGAACCCAGACAUCAAGAUCAGCAACGCCCCCCAGUGUUCAGAGCAGUGGCACACCUCCCUGCAGCGUGAGAUUACCAGCACCAACGAGCUGAAGGAACUGGACGAGUUCCUCCGCAACCAGGUGAACGACCUGCGGUCUCGUGGGAAGCAGCUGUCGGACACCGAGAACAUCUUCAUCAUGGCCACCAUGCAGUUCCGAGAGAAUAUCAAGACCAUGUACAGCCGUCAGAACCAGGCAACUAACAUCCGCUACAGGAACCUGAUGAAGAACUACCAGGUGAAGGUAGCCAGCCUGGCUGGAGAGAAGCAGAAGGCCGAGGUGCAGCUGGUGGUCAACCUGUUCCAGUCGGUGCUGGACGGCUUCAUCCGGGCCGAGAUCAAGAAGGAGGAAGCCGAGCCCGCCAAGCCCACAAAAACUCGGAAGAGAAGGAAAAAAGACAAGUGUUCGGAGAAGCGCAUGGGCCAUGUGCUCAGCAGCUAUCAGGUGAACAUCAUCCAGUCUUGUGAUCAGUGCACCUCCUACAUCUUUACCAUGGAGAAAGCCCUCAUCUGCAGCUACUGCAAGAUUAUCUGUCACAAGAAAUGCAUCGGUAAAAUCCAAAACGAAUGCACCUCCUACUGCGCAGUGAAGAAUGAGAUGGAGGCAGGCUCCCGGAACUUUGGCGUGCGGGUUUGCGCUCUCACGAGCGACCGGAACCCGGUGCCCGUUGUCCUGGAGGUCCUGCUGGAACACGUGGAGAUGAACGGGCUGUACACAGAGGGCAUCUACCGCAAGUCCGGCUCCGCCAAUCGCAUGAAGGAGCUGUGGCAGAGGCUGGAAGCAGAUCCCACCGCUGUGAAUUUAGAGGAGUAUCCUAUCCAUGCUGUCACAGGCAUUGUCAAACAGUGGCUCAGAGAACUCCCUGAUCCUCUCAUGACCUUCACCUAUUACAAUGACUUCCUGCACGCUGUGGAAAUGCCAGGGAAGCAGGAGCAGCUUCAGGCCAUCUAUCGCAUUCUGGAUCAACUCCCCCAGGCCAACUACAACACCCUGGAGAGACUCGUCUUCCACCUGGUCAGAGUGGCCAGAGAGGAGCCUCAUAACCGGAUGACCCCCAAUGCCUUGGCAAUCGUGUACGCUCCCUGUGUGUUACGCUGUCCUGAUAACGCAGACCCCCUGACCAGCAUGAAAGAUGUUGUAAAGACUACUAUGUGUGUGGAAAUGCUGAUAAACGAGCAGAUAAGAAAAUACAAUGAGAAGAUUGAAGAAAUCGAGCAGCUGGAAUAUGCAGAGGCCCUGGCAGUCAACCAGCUCAAACUGAAUAGACAGAACACGCUCUGGCCUUUAGAACUCAGGUUCUCUCCUUACAAGGGAGCGGUGGUGAAUGAGAAGUCAGCUGUGGAUCCAAACCCUGUUCACGAGGACAGCCCCACGGACUCGGACAACGAAGCGGAGAAAACGCUCAUGGAGCGCAUCAAGUCCAUCAAGGAAGAGAAGGAAGAGAUAGUGUACCGGCUCCCAGAGCUGGAGCAGCCCGGCUCGGAUCAGGAGAACCUCGACUCUGAAGCCUCUCUGAGCACCGAGAGCCUGCUGGACGAGCGGACGGGGAACUUGGACGCCGAAGGACCUGCAAAGCAUUUAGGAAAACAGAAAUCGCACCCCAUUGCCAAGCCUCCCAGGUCCUUCCUGCACGAUGCCAGAGUGCGGCUGGUGCAGUUAAACUCUAGCCUCCCCCUGCACACGGUACAAUCCCCUUCUGUCACUCUGCACAGCGCCAAGGUGCCCCGGCGCGCCCCGACCAUUCCCACCUCCAAUAUCAAACUGUCCCCCAGCAUCCUGCCCCUCACCAGCUCCCAGACCCUGCCUGUCCGCAGCGCCGUCGUCCUGCGUCUGGCAAAGGGACGAGAGCAGCCAGCGCGGCGCAAAGACAGCAUCCAGUCUGUGUACGUCGUCCCAGGACAGGACCCCUGCCCAGCCCAGCCCAGCCCCGAUGACUGCCAUCCCAGCGGCAGGGUCAGCAGGAGGUUCUCCGAUCCCGACAUUCCCUACACUGACUGACUCCCAACAGGAGCUCCAUUACUGUUGGCAUGGCUACACAGGAGAUGACAGCAGUUCAGUCUCACUUCCGUUGAGAGGGAGUGAAGCAGCAAGACUGUCUCACGAAGCACUUUUCUAUGUUAGUUGAUUUUUUUGUCUGAAUGUUGUUCCUUUUUUGUAUUAAUAUUUUUAUACUUUUUUUAUUGUCUCAGAAAACAGGAAUUAUUAUAAAACAUGGAGCAAUCUUGUGUAUUUUUGAAAGGGGACUACAUUUUAAUCUAUGAUGUAAAUCUGGCUCUUUACACCAUUCCCUGCUGCCUUCUCUGUGCUGUCAGAUAGGACCAAAGGAGUAACCGGACUCCCGUCUUCAAAUUGUGCCUUAUUUUUUCUUCAGAAUUAUUAUACAAUGCAUGACUGUUUUAUUUUCUUUUUUAAUGGGUUAACUAAGGUUUUAAACUGGUUUGUGUGAAUUUACAGGAAAGUGGACCAAAUAUUAAGUAUUUCAAUGGUGCCUAAACUUUGGGACUAUACCCCCACUUUCUUAAUGCCUGUACAUAAAAACAUUUUGCAUUCUGGGUUUUCCUUUUAACAGGGACCAUUAACUCUCUUUCUCUGUAACCUGCAGCCUUUUUUUUUUUUUUUAAUAGGGCUUAGCACUGCAGUUUGUUUUUGUUGUAAAGUAUGCACCUGUCAAGACCGGUGCUGCUUAUUUUCCAAGGUAGAAAGAGGACGUCAACUUUUUUCCCAUUAACAAAAGCUAAACCUGCCCCUCCAUUUUAUUAUUUUGGUCUCAUGGGGUUUCCUGUUAUGAAUGCAGAAACCACACAGUAAGAACAAUUAAAGGGUGAUGGAUGCCAGCCCUUGAUUGUGUACUGUAUUAGCUAGGUGCUGGAGUGGAAGCAUUCUGAAGAGAUGGGGUGGUCUGUAGAUUAUGUUGGCUCAGUCUAGAAAUGAGCAGUACAGUGGUAAGUAUCCCUGCACCCCAGAUUUUUUUUUUUUUUUUUUUUUUUUAAUUGUAGUAGAAUCAUGGUUUCAUUUCUACUACGACAGAAGCAUCGCCCCUCAGAAAUAGGAAUAUACAGCACAGGGGUGGUAAUUGGAGAAAUAAAGUCGUUACAUCCCCUUUCUGCCUGGAAGCUUAGCACAGGUAACGGUGAAACUAGAAUGUGGUAUGCACUGCUCCAGGGCUUAAGGGAUGGGGAGGUGGGGAAGCUAGGCUGAUACUGCUAGAAAAUGACAAGUGGGGAAAAUGUGUUGGACUGCACAGCCGUGUAAAGAUGUGACGCUGUGCAGUACGGUGCUCCUUCAUCAGAGCUACGCAGCUCCAUUCUGCCGCUGCUGCUUCCCAUGCCAUACGCCCCUCCAGCGCCUGCAGAGAUUCAGUGUUCACCUUCUGAUGUAUAAUCAACACAAAAUCUCCUUAGCUGAAAGCAUGCCACAGAGAGCUUGCCAACCACCAUGCGAGGGGGGCUCAGAAUUAUUGUGUCUCCAUUUAAAAUAGCCCAAAAAAUAUCAUUAGGGAUGAUGCAUUAAGCAUCACACCUACCCAUAAUGGUAAUAGAGUAUACCUGUAUACACAGGCCAAUUCCCAAAUUAGUGUUGCAUGCACCCUGUCUCGGCCUAGUGCGCACACAUCUGCCCAUGUUAAUGUGUGCUAAUUUUAAUGUUUGCAUAAUGUAUAUAAACUCUUACUGAGCCUGUCAGAAUCAUAGUGGAAUAUUGGAAUGUAUGUUGGGAAACAUUAGAGGGUAUAAUGUACUUUCUUUUUUUUUUUUUUUUAAUUGAAUGUAAAUAUUAAAAAAAAAGUUUAGAAACUACAAGAAGAUAAUCCUAGUAAUUUCAGCUGGACUAAAACCGAAGUUGCUUUGUUUUUCUGAAGGUGUCAAGGGCCUCCUUGGAUCUACAGCAAUGACGGGUUCCACUACAGUGUGUAAGCAGGUUGUCGUAGUAGCCCCUAUUCCAAAGUGAUCUUGCACGUCAUUAUCGCGUUGGGAUAUCCUUUGCCCCCUUUGUGACAGAGGCAGUGUUUGCAAGUUUGAAUUGAAUUAAAAGCUCUAUUUAUAAUACAUAUUUCAUUUGUCUAUUAUUAUUAUUAUUAUUAUUAUUAUUAUUAUUAUGCUCUUUUUUUUUAAAGCAAGGAACCACUGAGCUUUCAAAUGCCAUUCUCAUUGGAAGAAGCCUCUAAUGCAGUCCUCCUGACUUUUGAGUGCACUAACUAACUUGCAACACUGGUGCUCCUGUCAUGGGACUGCAUAUGCAUCUCUCUCUGCAUCCUCACUGCUGUAAUUGAUCAGUUACAAGUAGUGUCUCCCUGUAAAAGUAAACUGCAAACUAAUGUUCUAAUAGUGGAGAAGUCUGUAUGACAGCAAUUAACCUUUACCCCCUGUAUGCAGCAGUUUCCAAUACUACAUGCAUGCAAACUAGAGUUAUACAAUUUCAACACAUGCAUAUUACAUUAAUCUGUCCAAUCUGUACACUUGAUAUGAUAUUUCAUGCAGAAGGCUGUGCAGGUUCGUGGCAUUGUAUAGUUGCUAGUAGGAGACUGCCAACCAUGGUAGUUGCAAGUAAAGGUGAAGGAAUUAGUCACUCAGACGCCUUGAUUGAUAAAAUACUGUUGUGUUGGUUUUUUUUGGGGGGGUGCUUUGUAGCACUAAGCUCUCUGGACCAAAUCCUUCAUAUGCAAUGCAAGAAUGUAUUGUAUAACUUUUUGGAAGUUUCCAUUUUAGAUGCAGGGGUGUGUUCUCUUUCUUGUGUGUAACUGUUGAGUCGUGUGCCUGUGUAGGUCUGCUCUCCCUAUUUUAAUUUGUUGGUUAUCAUGUGCGAUCAAGUGUACUGUACAGCGAGGUGUAUGAAAGCUGGAGAGAGAAGUUUUCUACUCUAUUUUUAUAUGACUCUUACCACUCAUGAAGUACAUGGAUGCUUUUGUAAGAAUGAUCUUGUGAUGUAUUCCGUAUUUCAGGAUACAAUGUUUUAAAAAAAAAAAAAAAAAAAAAAAAAAAAAGAAAAAGAAAAAAAAGAAAUACUUACUCCCAGGGGCAACUUAACUGUACUGAAGCCUGAAUUACACACAGGCAAUUAAAGUGCAGAAAUAUCUUUUGAUGCAGUACUUUGGGUGCAUGAAACCUUUUUUUUUUUUUUUUCAGCGAGAGAAAGCAGGUUGAAAGGGAUGUUGACCACCUUUUUAUAAAGCCAGAUUUAUGUUUUUUGUUUUCAUUUCAAAGAGUAAAACGGUCCAAGCAGGAUGCAAUUGUUGAUCUAUUGUCCAUCUUUUUACCUGUAUAUUUCUGUUUUUAUUUCACUUAAAUAUAUUUAUGCAAGGUUAUACACA